CUCUUCAAUAGGGUCCAGAGUCCCGGCCCAGGAUCUGUGCCGGCCAUGCGACCCGGAAUGGCGAUGAUUGCAGGAUAUCCGCCCAUGCGGCCACAAUUUCAACAAUAACGGGCACCGGCAUUGCUGGCGACAUGGGCAGGACUCCUUUUCCCAGUCAUUAGUCCAUUUGGAUCCGGACUCUGUGGUUUACGAUCGGUUGGACAUGUUUUUACGACAACAGCCGCAUAUGCAGGCCAUGGCGAGCGCUGACAUGGUUGGUUUACUGGAUGCUGCUUCUCAAUGUACCUAAUCUGGCUGUCUAAUUCUACGAAAGAGUUUGGUGUAUCUUGCGCUUGCAUUGGCGUUGAAGGGACGGCGCCUGGGCGAUAUGACAGCUACCGAGGCAGUUCGCGCGGAUGGACUGGUCAACUGAGCAGAUUUUCUCCAUUUCCCAUAUCCCGCCAUAUGCGUGUGAAUUACCACUUGGUCCGGCGAGAUGAAGGCAGAAUGCAGGAUAAAAAAAAGUUGGACAACAUGCCAUUGUCACUGCGAAUCCAAGACAUGUCGUCGAUCAGCUGUGGCACCUUCCCGGUGGCGACAUCCACAUUGUGGCUUGACCCUGGAAGGGAUGAACCCGGACGAGCGUCGGGAUCACGACUCGAACUGCGACCUCAAACCUUAAUUGGCAUGGUUGGACGUCGCAUGGCUCACCAGGCACGUAUCAUUCGAUUGCCGGUUUUCUGUUACUGGGAGCUGAUGUCAAGAUGCGCAAAUUGCCCAUACAGCUGAUCAGGGAAAUCUUUGUGGAAUCGACUGCAACAUGUGACUUUGCGUCAGAUUCAAAUUCGAUGCCGGGGUUUCGUCGAAAAGUGAAGCUAGCGUGGAUAAUGUACCGUCGCAUUUGAGUGGGCAACGGAUGGAUUUUUGCUGUCAAGGGUACCGGAGUACCACAAAAUUUGAAUAAAUCCAAGGUACGGCCAGACCUU